AUGUCGUCCUACGCGGCAGACUUCACCGCUCACCUCGCCGGCGCACUCUCGCACAUCGCACCCUCCUUCGUCCAUCCCUCGCCCUCGUCCUCUUCGACCAACCUCGCAGCGCAGGCCACACAGUCUCACGAAGAUGCAGUCGACGCGAGGGAACAGGAGAUGCGGGCCAUCCUCGCCAAACUGCGGCCCUCCUCUUCCUCCUCGUCGCAAAGUGGGGCUGCAUCCACUGCAUCCGCCUCGUCCUCCCUCUCUGGGCGCAAGUCUCACUCGCCAGCGCACUUGAAACCAUCCCAUCUCGCCCACCUCGUCGACGCGGCUUUCCCGCCCUUCCAAGGCCAGGCGUCCACCCCUCUCUCGCCGCAAAUCGAGACGGUCGAGCUCGUCACGCUCGCACAGUUGACGAUCGCGACGUAUGGAGUGGUGCUGAGGGUGCUGAUGGACGAGGCGAACGAGCUCGAGCGGCAUGACGAGUAUUGGGCGGCGGUCGAGAGCGAGGCGUGGAAUACGGCGCUCUACCUCGUGCAGUCCACCCCCGUCCGCGCCUUCUCGCUCGCCAACGUCACCCUCACCCGCCUCCGCCAACUCAUGUCCGGCACGCUCCGCACAACCGAAUCCUCCCCUCCCUCCCUCCUCCACCUGACAACCUGGCGCCGUGCGCUCCCGCCCUCGCUCUUCCUCACCUCUGUAUUCCCGCACCUCACGGGCGGAUCAAGCGGCCUCCCUUCGCUCGAGGACCUCUCGCGCGCAGAACUCGAUCCCGAACCUACUUCUCCCUCUCCCUCCUUCACCACCCCUCAAUCCUCAUCCAACGCACUGUCUUUCUCUCGCGCCACGAAGUUAGGCCGGAAGACAGCCCGCUCACUCCUCUUCCUCACGCUCUCCCCCCUCUCCUUGACGCGUGACGAAGUCGCGACCUACCGCACCAAGAUCCGCGACGAGAGGGACGAAUUGGCGAGACGGAUUGGAGAGUUGACGCUCCGCGCGCAGGAGAGUGAGGUGGGCGAGCUGCUCGAGGAGGGCAGGGGAAAGAGGGGCGUCAAGAGGGAGUUGAGGAAGAAGCCGGGGCUUGCGCAGCUCUUCUCUGUUUCGAGGCAAGGAGCGAAGGAGGGACAAGUCGAGUUGGGCUUGGAGGAUGUGAGGCAGGCGACGUGGCAGACGUUGAUCCACCUCGACUCAGUCCUUACGCCCUCCUCUGCCGCACCACGGAUGUCCUCGACGCCGAGUCCGCCGGCAACACCAGCCGACCUCGCCCACUCGCUCUCGUACCUCCUGAACCAGACUCUGCCCGCCCACUCGCGCGCUUUCGGCCAGACGUCCCUCCUCCUCUCUCCGCCAGGCUUCUGGACCCGCUCCUGGCCUUACCUCCUCUCCAUCCCUCUCCUCUCAUCCCUCGUCGCGAGGGCAGUCUACAACCACCGUCUCACGCUGCACCAAUACGCCCUCGACGCAGCCUCGACCAUCAAAGGCUUCCUCUUCGACUGGGUCCUCGAGCCAGUCCGGAAGAUCCUCGAUACCCUUCGCGGCGGAUCAGCAGACGAAGUUGCCCUUAUGGGCCGCGAGAGUCUGAGGAGCGAUUUGGAGAGCUUGGAGAGGAUGGUCGUGGAUUUCGCGAGGGAUGAGUGGGGGUUGAGUGGGAGGGAGACGGACGAGUUGGCGAGGAAAGUUAGGGUGGGCGAUUUGACCGAGGUAUUGAAGGUGUGGGAGGAGGACAUCAAGUCACCCAUCAAAUCCACCCUCCGUGGCUCUCUAAUCCGCACCCUCCUGAUCCAAGUCCAAAAAGUCAAAGUCGACGUCGCGCUGGCCACCUCGGGCAUCGAAAAGAUGCUCAAGUCCCAACAGUUGACGUUUGCGUUUGUCGGUGUCGCUCCGAGUAUGCUUGUGCUUGCGCUGGUGGGCAGGUGGCUUAGGGGGUUGGUUAGGCGCGAUAGGGGCAGUGGGAAGAAGAGGAGGGAGGAGAAGAAGAGGUGUUGGUUGGUGGUCAGGCAACUCGACAUCCUCCUCUCCUCUCGCUCUUCCUCCUCCUCCGCCUCCGACUCCACCUCCGCCGCCCAAACCCAAGGCCACCUCCUCCUCUCCCUCUCGCGUCUCCGCUCGCACACCUCCACCCCCUCCUUCCCCUCGCACGACACCCAGCUACUCGCUUCUUUCCUCGCGGAUAUCCGUGCGCUGGAGGAGAGGGGCGCGAGAGCGGUAGAGGGCGAGAGGAGGGAGUUGGUUGGACGGGUGAGGGAGUGGGCGAGGGCGUUGAGGUGGGAUGAGGGGAUUCGCGUGUAG